AUGUAUAGUCAACAACAGCAGCAGCAACAGCAACAGCAGCAGCAGCACCCAGGAUAUGGUUAUCAACAGAACCCGAACCAACAUCCUGAGAUGCAGCAAAGGCAACAGCCGCCGCCGCAGCAACAGGCACAGUUUCAGUAUCAACAGCCGCAACAUCCGCAACAGCAGCAGCAGCAGCAACAUAAUGGAUAUCUGGCGCCGUCUCCUCAGUUGCAUCAACAGUCUAAUAUGUACGGACAAGGUCAAGCUGGAUACUCGAUGAAUAUGAAUCAACAACACUGGGAGCAGCAACAACAACAACAGGCGCAGGCUAUGCGCCAGGCUCAAGCUCAAUAUAAUCGGAGUAUGAGCGGUUCGCUACCAACUGCUUCUCCCAGUCAAAUGCAUCAACAGCAUCACCAUCAACAGCCGAGCCCUUCUGCCGAAAGUUGGCAGCAGCAGCAGCAGCAGCAGCAUCAACAACACCAACAAUACCAACUGCACAACCAACAGCCGAGUUCUCCAUACAUGCAAAGAUUACCCCAGCAGUCGAUAGACGAGCAGGCUCGAACGGACGAUGAAAUGCGACUUCGUAUAGAGAAACAGCAGCAGCAGCAGCAACAGCAGAUGCGCCGCCAAUCCCUGCAGCAGCAAGCCACCCAAUAUUCGCAGCAGCAAACACAAAACCACUAUCAGCAGCAGAUGCACCAACAGUCACCGCAGCCAUCGCCGCAACCGCAGCUUCAGUCCCAAUUUCAGCAGCACGCUCGCCCCUCUCCACAACCGAAUCAACAGGCGUUCUACCACAAUGCGUCGCCUUCACCGCAGCUGCAGCACAGCCAGAAUCCAUCGCCGAUGAUACGACACCCAUCUAUACCCAAUCAGUCGUUGAAUCAACAGCAGAUGCCGCAAUCACCGCAUCAACGCCUGCCCAGUCAUUCACAGUCGCCUCAAAUUCAGACUAUGCCAGCUAGGCAGCCUUCACAGCCACCUCAACCACCUCAGCAACGCCGAACGUCUCAACCUCCUUCGCAUAUCCCUCCACACCAAACUCCCGUACCCAUUCCACAGCCGCCGCAGCUGUCAUCUCAAUCCAUACAGCAUCCUGUAAACACAAAUACAGCACCGCAUACCCCGCAACAGCCGGUAGCCCUGCGGCACGAGCCCGCGCCUCAGUUGCCAGAUCCAGAGCCGAUGCCCGAGACCUCGCAAGACGACGAUGUGCUGGUUGAGAAUCAGAUCCAGAAUGAACAAAUGAAUUUUGUGAAUUUGCAGGAUAUUCAAAUGCCGUCUACCAUUACACCAGCUGCUAUGGAUAGCUUUAUGAGCAUCGACCCACGCGAUCUGAGCUUGUCUGGCUCCAUAGCACCAUCGUUACUCGAGCCUAUAUCCAUCAAGACGGAAGUCAAACAAGAGCCAGAUAUGCCUAUGAGCGACUGUGCUCCUAUUGCCCCUCCACCGAAACCGAGCGCUACCAAGAUCAAGUCCAGCCCUCAUGCUUCUCUUAACAACUCUCCGUUAAUUACUGCACGCUCACCAAGCAUCACGAAACGAUCGCCAUCGGUAUCAUCGAAGCCGCGUCCUUUUCAGACCGGACCAAUUAUGGUAGCUAUUGCUGAAGAAUGUUUGGAAAAGGCACAGGGGAUUUCGCAUGACGUCGCUAUGUCCCUCACGGAUGACGCAGUGGAUGAAUACCAGCAGCUCAUCACUACUGCACUGACUUGCUUUGAGACUUCCCUUGAUAAUAGCAAACUGACGCCGCGAGAGGAGGCAAGGUUGCGAUUACGAUACGCUACUGUUCUACAGGAAGAGACUGAAAACCUGAUGGAAGCCGAGACCACUUUGACCAAGGGAGUAACACUCUGCGACAAGCAUCGCCUGUUUGACCUUAAAUACUGUCUACAGCACUCCAUGCUCAAGACAUUGUUUCAAAGAAACCAAAAGGCAGCGCUGAAAGCGGUGGAUGGAUAUAUUGCCAACUGCGAAGCCUUCAAGCACGUUCACUGGUAUUACGCGUUUCGUCUCCUGAAAGCGACGUUCUACCAUGAAAUGGAUCACUCAUCCGAUCUAAGUGCCUUGGAAAACCUACGCGCUAUCCAAAACAUUGCAAAUGUCCGUGGCGAUGUCGCUAUGGGUGUGCUUGCGUCUCUGUUGGAAGGACUUGCGCUUCUGAAAACAGAAAAGGAUGGCAAUCUCGAGAAAGUCCACGGAUGCCUGGCACAGGCUGCGAAAUAUCAACUCGACCCAAGUGUGCAGAUUGUGGAAUUGGACGUGCUCACCAUGGUUCUGGACUUUGCCUCCAGUCUGCAACACCACAGCCCGGAUGUGACAACACAGAAGCUUCGCCGACUGCAAAAGGCUCUUGACGAUGCGGAUGGUUGGAACAACGUGCGGUCUGACUUUGAGGUGCCAGUCAAAAAGCAGUCAUCAGGUGCUAGGACAGUCAGCGAGGACACGGCUGGCAUUAUUCGCCCUGGGAACGCUGACGCCCAAUCCGACUAUUUGAUCAUGUCCUUCAUGACCAAGAUGGAACUCCGUUCGCUGGUGUUCACCUUUAGUGGACUGGCUAGUUUCCAUAAGCCAUCGUCGCAAGGUAGGAGAGCGGCGGAGCUUUGGAGUGAAGGCCUAAAGAUUCUUGACACCUGGGACAAAUCUACAGCAGGUAUCCCCUACGGGCCACCUGUACCGCUCAACACGGCGAUUUCUCAAAGAGAAUGGCGAACAGAAGGCCAAAUCUACCUGCGCGUAAUGCUGGGCCUUUUGGCUGCUAGUCACUGUCAAUGGGCAAAGGUCAACACACAGUUGAAAAAGUUGAAGGGUCUGAUUUCUGAGUCUACACAGCCAACACUGCGACUACUAUCUGUCUAUCUGAGAGGCGUCUACCAACAAGGUACUGGCGAUGUCAAGGCCGCGUUGGAGACUUUCCUUGACGAGCAGUUUACUAUUCCUCAAGGCACUACGGCUGGAGCCAAGGUUGGCCAGAGAGAAGUUGCGUUACUCGCGGGUUUGAACAAACUCUGGCUUAUGCAACACCCCAGCUGCCGAAACGACUACGAGACGCAGGAGCUGCUGGAGCUGUUGCAACCCAUUUGCAACAACCACUGGAACGUCGAUCUACGCACGGCAUGGCACAACGUGGCCGCAGCGCUUGUGACGGAGCCUCCUCAGCAGCUGAAUCAGCAGAAGCAGCAUAUGCAUGUUGCUAUGGGCGGAUCCAAGAACACAUCCAACAUCCUUGGUGCGGCUGUGACCCUGUGUAUUAUGCGCAGUCGGUUCUUUGAGAAUGUCAUUGGAGACCAGGCUCUCAAGAGUGCCCUCGCAGCAUCUAAGCAAGCUCAGCGCAGCGGCAACAUGCUCUGGCAAAGUGUUGCAGACGGCAUGCUCGCGCAUUCAUACGAAAUGGCUGGCGAGCGCGAACAGUCAAUAAGCGAAAUGGAAAAAGCGACACAGGAAACUCGGCAGGCAUUCUCGACUGAUUGA